UUAGUUGAGCACGUGUCUUAAAAUCUAUAUAUUCUAUGACAUAUUUCGUUCAUUGUGAAUUGUAUUUUAAAAAAUAUGGCUGCAACAGUAUCAGAAAUAAAGAAAAUGCUGACUCAAAUGUUUAAUGAAUACAAAAAAGAAAUUGAAAAAAUACUAAAACAACAAGAAAAAAACUUUGUAGACAUUUUGAGUUCUAAUUUGAAAAUAAUAAAAGAUCGACUGGGACUGAUUGAAAACAAAUCUGCUGAUAACGUAAACAAAAUAAACAAACUAGAAAAAGAAUUAAAUGAGUUAAAGGAAAGUCUAAACUUUCACGAACAUUUAAUUGAACAGAAAGUCAAAACGGUAAGUAACAACUUAGAGAAAGAAAGCUCAAUACAAAAUAUUAAUGAAAAAAAUAGAAUUUUAGAAGAUCGCUCAAGACAAAAUAAUCUUAGAAUUGAAGGGAUUACGGAAAGUGUUAACGAAACCUGGGAGGAGACCGAAGAUAACGUUUUAAAAUUAUUUUCAAAAAAUUUGAAAGUGAAUGAAGUAGAGAUCGAACGAGCCCAUCGCACAGGCUAUAAAAAAGACGGAAAAACAAGAACUUUAAUUCUAAAAUUAUUAAGAUUCAAAGACAAAGCAAAAAUCCUGAAAGAAGCCCACCGACUCAAAGGACUAAACAUUUAUAUAAACGAAGAUUACUCUCGAGAGACUUCAAUUAUAAGAAAGAAGCUAUUUUCAGAGGCGAAGCUAAGGAGAGAAAACGGAGAGAACGUUGCUGUAAGGUAUGACAAAAUUAUUAAAUUAAAAAGUAAUUAUACCAAGAAAGAUCUAAGUAAGUAAAAAUAUUAAUUUUCGUUUUCAAAAAUAUACUUUGAAUUUUUUUUUUUUUUUUUUUCUAAUUAUACAAAUGGCUGACAAAAC